AUGUCUGAUUUGCAUGAGCUUUGUUAUUUCAAAAAUCGCCCCAUUACGAGGGAAGAAUACUUGGUGCCAUUGAAGGCAUAUUUGAAAGCGGGGAUUCCAGCUACAUACACCACGGAAGAGGCCUACAACUACGAACACGGCGUCGAAAAAGAAGCUGAGAGCAACACUACUCCAAUGCAUUUGAUUUGUGAACAUGUGCCGAAGGACCUGAACGAAGAAGAAGAAUCCGUCGUUUUGGAAAUGAUGGAACAACUCUGGCUAAAUGGAGCAGGAUGGUGUUUGCUCAACGAUAAGCAAGAAACACCUGCGUGUGUACUAUUGAGGCGGGGACUACACGGAUCAAAAUACUGGGACAGCUGUGUUGACUCUGGUGUACGUGCGGAAGUUUUGUUGCGUAAGUUGAACGACCCUAAUGUGGAGUUUUUGGAUGAUCCCGCUGAUGAGUUCUCUGAAGUUGCGGAAGAGGAUGACGUGCCUGAAUUGGUUGACGAAACAAAGUUGAGCACCGAGCAAAACAAAGAAAGUGGCGAAGCAGCCAAGGCUGUUGAAAUUGUUCAGGAAAUGUACAAUGGUCCUGCAGGGGCAACAGACACCUAUUUGAACACUGAAUUAGAAUACAAAAAUGGUGCUCUGGUUACAAAAGAAGGUGCUGACGGAGUAAUGAUGCAGUGGGAAGAUGAAUUAAUGAAGGCUGGCUCCGAAUCUCUGUUCAAAUCUAUUGAAGACCCAAAUGACAUCAACAUCCUUAACAUAGGCUUCGGGAUGGGGAUCAUCGAUACCAUGAUUCAGGAAAAGAGGCCCACCAAGCAUUACAUAUGUGAGGCACACCCAGAUGUUUUGAGAAAGAUGAAGGAAGAAGGGUGGUAUGAAAAGCCAGGAGUUGUCGUCUUGGAAGACUUGCUCACCAAGGGCGUGUUUUUCGACGGAAUAUACUACGAUACAUUUAGUGAACAUUAUGAGGAUAUGGUAAAUGACCUUUUUGAUGUUGUGGUGGGACUUUUGAAGCCAACUGGAGUCUUUUCUUUUUUCAACGGUUUAGGCGCCGACCGUCUAGUGUGCUAUGAGGUGUACAAAAAGGUGGUGGACUUAGAUUUAUCUAACUACGGCAUGUCUGUUGAGUUCAAAACGAUGAAGGCACCUGUAACUACUCUACAGGAAAACGAUGAUUCCCCUGAUUCGGUAUGGAAGGACAUCAAGCGUGCUUAUUGGAGAUGCCCACUAUACUACCACCCUGAGGUCAGGUUCAUGUAG